UGUCAGCCAAUCACAGAGCUCAGAGGUGAUGUCAUGGCGAGAGCGAGCAGUGGUGCUGAUGUGGAGAGAAGCCCAGGGUACCACUAAUUGAGGGAGUGAGGAAGGAAGCACCUCGCCUGAACAGGACCGCAGAUUUGUGACAGCGUCCUGAGCUGGUGACAGACCUACUCUGUGACUUUCAGCCAGAUUCAGCCCUCACAUUCCUGAAAACAUGACCCUCGCCGCCUACAAAGAGAAGAUGAAGGAGCUCCCACUGGUGUCCUUGUUCUGCUCCUGUUUUCUGGCCGAUCCUCUGAAUAAAUCAUCCUAUAAAUACGAAGGCUGGUGUGGGAGACAGUGUAGGAGGAAAGAUCAAAGCCAGCGGAAAGACAGUGCUGACUGGAGAGAAAGAAGAGAGCAGGCAGACACAGUGGACCUGAACUGGUGUGUAAUUUCCGACAUGGAAGUCAUUGAGCUGAACAAAUGUACCUCGGGCCAGUCCUUUGAAGUCAUCCUGAAGCCACCUUCCUUCGAUGGGGUCCCCGAGUUCAAUGCCUCCCUACCCAGGCGGCGAGACCCAUCACUGGAAGAGAUCCAGAAGAAACUAGAAGCAGCUGAGGAGCGAAGAAAGUACCAGGAAGCUGAGCUCCUGAAACACCUAGCAGAGAAACGAGAACACGAGCGGGAGGUGAUCCAAAAAGCCAUUGAGGAAAACAACAAUUUCAUCAAGAUGGCUAAGGAAAAACUGGCCCAGAAGAUGGAAUCCAAUAAGGAAAACCGGGAGGCCCAUCUUGCCGCCAUGUUGGAACGGCUGCAAGAGAAGGAGCCGCCUGCUGCGCGGUGACUCCCGGGACCCGAUCGGUGGCCUCGUCCCAUGGACAAGCACGCGGAAGAGGUGCGGAAAAACAAGGAGCUGAAGGAAGAGGCCUCCAGGUAAAGCCCAGAGGCCAAAGAAGUUUCCAGAACAGCCGGACAGCUCCAGCAGCUCCGCAGUUCCCGAGGCAGCCUCGUCCGCCGCGGGCUGCUCUCCCAGCACUGGGGUUUGGGGGGGAGGGGGGUGGCCAGGGGUGUUUCCUCUGCUUUUGGUGUUUGUACAUGUAAAGAAUUGACCAGUGAAGCCAUCCUAUUUGUUUCCGGGGAACAAUGAUGGGGUGGGAGAGGGGAGAGAAGGAGAGAACUUGGGAAAGAAGAUGGAGAAGGACUGACGGACAUUGCAACCCUGCCCACCGCAGACUCAGGUCAAGUCCUUGGCUUUUCUUCGCGGUGAAUGUCCAGGCACCACGUUGAGGGAGGCUGCAAACGGGGCAGAGUCCGGGGUGGGGCAGCGGCUGCAGGGCCCUGCGGGGGAAGCCCAGGGAGAGGGUGGGGGGCCCCCGGACAUGUUGCUUCCGCCCUGCAACAGGUGGGAUGAGGUCCGAGUGUGUGUGUAUUAACCAUCAUCUUUUGAUCAUCAUGACCAAUGAAAUAUUUA